AUGAUUUCUUAUAUUAUUCUUACUUUGAUGGUUAUUUCCAUUGGAGUUCAAGCACAACAACCCAAAGAUGUUAUUCCCAUAGUUCGGUUUGAAUCGGAGGGACCAAAUGUAGACGGAUCCUACAAGUGGCUCUACGAAACUGGUAACGAAAUUAAUGCAGAGGAGUCAGGCUAUGUGAAGAACUUUGGGAAAGGCGAAGGCGAGGAGGAGCAAGUGGCUCAGGGAAAGUUUAGCUACAAAGCACCCGACGGUACCAUAAUCUCACUUCAAUACGUCGCUGACGCCAACGGCUUCCAGCCGCAGGGUGACCAUUUACCAACACCUCCACCAAUCCCGCCAGCGAUACAGAGAGCACUGGAUUACUUGAGUUCAUUGCCACCAAAUCCAGUAGGCGCCGCCUCCAACGUCCAGCCGUCAGCAUUUAAAGGGAGAAGAUUU